CAUGAGUUCCAUACCCAAGCUAUCAUAUCACCUUGAACAAGAGACGUUCUUCGUCAGACGUUGUACAGAGCGCAUGUUCAAACAACAAAGGUCAUAGCUCUUAGCCCUGCUCUCUUCGGAUAAACGCACAACAGAACCUUGCCUCGCUUGCUGGCUCCUAGUGCAAAUCUUAGCCUUGUCGACUCUGUUUGUCUUCAUUGAAUCGACAUCUGACGUUGCAUCCAUACAUCGUAUUUGGGGUUGCACCGCCGGUUUGGGCAAUACCCUGGUCCUGCCGGGCUGAUUGGUAGAUGCACCCCGGAACUUGGCCUCUUCAUCAUCUCUUCUCCAUCAAAUCGGUAUGCUGCACGUUUUGUUACUCUUCGACCUUGCGACUGACAACCGUGUUUGUCUGUGAGCUGUGAAAUGCUAGGGUCUCUUGAAACGUGGGAGCUUCAGGAACGCCUGUCAAUCUGCCUCUCAUCGAAUCCGGAUGCUCCUUUGGGCCAGGUUUGUUAUUACUUGGCCAAAGAAUUGGUCGCUACAUCCUAAAACAGCCGUGAAUGAUGUUUCAUGGCACCCAGAAUAGUGAUGAGCACGAGGCCAUUGUGAUGACCCGUAUUCUGGCGUGAGCUGACGCGAUACGAUUCGCCUGCCUUGAAAUCUUGAGACAAAAUGACUAAACGAUGACAGUCCCGAAAUUUUAAUAUUUGGCGCUGGUAGACCAGAACGGCUGAAAUGCAUUGCUUGGCCCUUCAGCGGCAUCUGACAAUAAGCGGCCAUACUACGUUGAUAACAGUGUCGUAUUGCAAUUGCCUCUUCAUCUCUCAGCCGGAGAAACAAUGCACAGCCCUGCUUUUGUCUCAGUAAGAGUCACCAAAACCACUAAACACCAACAAACAAGGUGGGAUGGCUUCAUUUGUGGGGUCAAUAGGAAGUGUGCCAGAAAAGGAUUGUUAGGGCACCUCGGUUUAGAGAGACAAAGGGUCAAACCGUGCAGCUGGGUCGGUGUCAAGCCUGAUCGACAGCCGGACCGCUCCCUGUUGCUGCUGCAAACAUCCAUGGUUGUUAGCUUAGUAGGGAGUCACGUAGUGUUUGCUUUUGGUGCCCUGCGAGCGAAAUUCCGUUACGCUUCCUUCCGCUACCUUGUCGUCAGAUGAAAGGUGAUACCCCUGACUUUGCCAUUCCUUGGUUCUUAAAAUAGCGACUCUUAAGUUGAAGUAUGGGUGGCUUUGCAACCUUGGCUUGGCUAGCUUUUGGCAGGGAUGCAUCCAGAAGCUCGUCAGAGGUUCCCCUUAGGUUGUAUCCAGUAUGAUGAAAAGAUUUAGGCAAGUUUAGUGUAAUGUUAGAGGGCCUUUACAUUGGCCAUUUUUGUCACUAAGGAUAAAGGCCCUGAGUUUUCUUGCCUGCCCUAGAGGGGUUCUGAAGAUAAUGGAGACAAAAGCCGAUUCACAUGCGAUGUUGUGUUCUCCAUCAAGCACAAAAUAGCAGGUGAUGGAUGUUCUAGUGGCGAUCUUCAGUCAUUCUGACUGAUGUUUUUUUUUAUAGCACUGCACAAGGCGCAAUAAUCAGUUCGGAGGGCAACCUGUCUCAGUCUUGACUUCGGGAAUGGCUGUAGAAAAAGACGGAGGAUCCUCUCAUGUCUAUUUUCCUUGUUUCUUGCGCAGUUAGCUCCUUCCACUCUGCAACGGCGGAUGCAACGGGAGUGGCGCAUUUGACUUCACGAUGUGGGAUCGAUGCGGCCUCGUCGUUUUUGUGAGUGGAGUUGUUGAACUCGUUCGACUCAGUUGACUCGUUCUGUGUGGGAAGAGUAGCAGUCGAUUAGAGGUCGAUGGCGAUGAUUAUCUUCAGCUAAGGUUGAUUCCAAGGCAAUGUUGUAAUAUGCAAUGUAACCAAGUCAUGGCUUUACUUAUCGACUACUCCAAGGAAAUGUUGAAUGCAUUGGAAGAACGAAUGCAAGUUGCUGAGAACAGCAAGCAAAGAUCCACUCAACAUGCAAACCUCCUCUUGAUUCAGGGAACCAUCUGGUCUCCCUCGCAAUGCCUCUGCCGUCCCAACGUCCAGACAAGUUCCUUUGCGCUAUGGCGUGUACCUUGAGCUUUUGAACAGCUCAAAGUCCAGUCUCUCAAAGUACAACAGCCACAACACGAAGGAACAUAUCUGGUGGCCAAACAGCACCACAGAUGAUGGCGACUUAAGUGUUGUCAAUUGAAAUAUUGUUAUUCCAUGUCUAGAUUCGCGAGGUUCCGUGUUAUUAAUCCCGAGACUAGAAGAAGCUUGAGAUUGGCAGAUAAGCUUCAACAACGCCGGGUAAUAGAUCUACCGACCGUGCUCCACACUGUUGGUCCCUGGUUCCGAAUCUGGCAGGCGGGACAGCGGUCACGCGUGGCAGAACGCCAAAAGUCAAGUAAAUUCAUGGAUUAGAGAUCUAGAUUGCGACAAGCUCCGAGGUCGUCAAAAUGGGCAAACGAGACUUCAAUAGCGGAGAUGGCGCUGCCGCUUUUCGCAAGCGCCAGAAAGUCGUACACGAGGCGCCAACAAGCGAAGAAGUUACCUCGAGCGAUCAAUUGCGCAAUCUCCUGUCCUUCGACCAGGAUUUGCGCAACGCCAGGCAUGGCCUUCAAUCUUUCAAGAAUCUCCUCGAUCAAAUAGUUCACGAAGAGGUUGACCGAAGAGCAAACCUCGACAUUCUAAAUCAAUACCUUGAAGCCGUCAAGCCCAGAGAUACAUCCGAAGAUGCAGUCUUUCUCAACGAUAUCAUGGAAAUGUGGUCCUUCGCCGUGCAGGUUAACAACGACGGUGUCAUGUCAUCUGUUGCCGUGGUCCUGGCUUUACUACUCCAGAUCCUCUCAGGCUCACUACAACUUGUCAAGCAUGGCCUCGGUAUCUGCCAGACCCUUCUGCAAGAGCAGCAACUGAAAUCAUUGGCAAAGAAUCUGUCAGCAGAAAAGAGCAAAGGUUUUAUCAUCUCGCCUACUCUCCGUCUCCUUCGAGAAGCUACAUGCCUAGACGGAGGCUCCUAUGCGAAGCGAAUCUUCCGCGCUCGAAAUUUCACAUUGACAUCGCUUGGACGAAAUCUUGAAAUUGGGCAUAUCGGAGAUACGCAGGAAGACGUGCGCAAAGCUUCCGUCAGGACAAAUGCUGUCCGUUUUUUUCUGAGCCUUCUCAAGUUCUUGGGUUCAGAUGGACGUAAAGAACUUGUAUCCCAGAAGGAACUUUUGUCCCAUGUGACUUAUAUGAUCAAAAGCGACCCUGCCUACCUCGUUGUGGAUAUUCUCGACUCUUUAAAGCUCUAUCUUCUCAAGGAUGACAAGAUCCCCAGGGAAGUCAAAUUCCGAUGCUUCAACACCAAGUCGUUGGUACGCUUCUUGGCUUUAUACACAUACACUAGCGAUGGCGAAGAUGUCAAUGAGAAGUCAACGGUGAGCUACAAGGCCCAUCAACUCCUCAUCUACAUCUGCACGACGCCUACUGCUGGUAUUCUAUAUCCUUCCACUGGUCUAUACCCUAAAGAGUCUGAAGACGACCCAACGCCAAGUGGGCGUGCGAAGGCUGGUACACGGGGUGCUCUCUUCGCCGACAAAUACAAACAAGACAUUCCUGUGUAUAACUUUGUCCUUGCCGAAUUCGCUCAAAAGUUGCGGCCUUGGUCCAGUUUGAAACAUAGCGAGCUUCUGGUAGCAAUCUUCACCGCUGCCCCUGAACUUACUGCAAAAUAUUUCCUAAGCAACCGAUCUUUCACGUUCGAACCAAAGUUAUCCAUGACAUGGAUUGGAUAUGCCGCGUUCCUCUUUAACACUAUGCAACUUCCUCUCCCUCCUCGCUUCGGAGACCGAUCGCGAUCUGCCAAGGCACCUCCUCCCACGUCCAUCCUUCUCGACAACAUUAUUCCUCUCCCCAUCAAUCAAAAAGUCCUGAUCCGAUGUCUUUCCUCCAAAUCCAACCUCACAUCUUUCUUUGCUACCCGCAUUCUGAUCGUGGCAGUCGAGAAGUUAGCUGAAGCUCUCAAGAUGCAUGAAGAGGUUUCAAAGGGCAAUGAUCCUGUCUGGGCAGAAGCUAGCCGUCGUUUAAUCGAUGCGUUUUGCCAACGUAUUCCUGACAUGAAAGAAAUCGUUCGGUCUUAUAAGGGAAUACCAGCUGAGAACAUUCUCCAUAAGGUCAUGGCCAGUCGUUUGCUACGCCUUUACUAUGAAGUCAUUCCACAAGUUGCCCUUGCUGCCAACUUUGAUGUUUCGCCUUUUUUCACAGAAGUUCUCAAGUCGCUCAACAAGGAAAGCGAGCAGCAUGAGGACGAGUCACUGAGAGUCAUGGAGCUCGAAAACUUGGUAUCAAUUGCCAGUUAUUCCCCCGGUAUGCGUUGGUUCUCAAGGAUAGACAAUCUCAUCGAUGGAGCAGGAUCGUCGCCAUACACUGCCCUCCUGCGGCUGCUUUGUGAUAAGAAGCGAGAUCUUCCUUUCCAGCAGCUGAAGAAGGUUCUAGGCGAGGUCGCAGUUGAGAACCAGAUGGUGACGAAGGCGUCCCUGAUGAGCCCCCUAUUUGAGGCUCUCCAGACAAUACUGGCCGAUGCCAAGGCAAAGCCAAUGGAGAAGGUUUGGUCAUAUGUUGACAACUGCAUCAACCGAUGUGCCUCCUCGCCAAUCAAGUAUCUCGAUUUGUUAGAAACAUAUGCCCAGGAAGAUGGUGUAUCAUCUGGUAGUGAGACUGCUUUGGUUAACGUGACCCUGGUAGAGCAGUUGUCAUUCGCAAUGGGCUCUGCUAACAGCGAUGAGCAAGCUGCGCUUGGCCAGUUCCUGUCUUGCUACUUCUCUACUUCAUACAAGUUCAAGCCAGGAAAACAACUCACCAAAGCUCUAUACAAACGCAUCUUGGAACAGUUUUCAUCAAGCAAGGUCAAGAUGAAGAAGCUCAAGGAGGAAAAGUCUGAUGAUGCAGAUGCUGAUGAAGAUAUGGCUGAUGCCGACACAGUUGAUGUGAAUGGUUCAAAAGAUGGCUCGACCAUUGAUUCUUCAAAGCUCGAGGCUAUGCUGCAUGUACCACUGCCCGAAGACGAGGAUACCACAGCUUUGACAAAAUGGGCUGGCAAAAACGCAGAAGACCUCGUUGAAGAUGGCUGGGCAGCAGCUUUGAUCCGCCUCCUCUCCUCUCCCCAUACCAACAUCCGCAAAGAAUCCCUCACCAGCAUUCUCAAGAUGGCUGCCAAGCUCAAGGAAUCUUCCUACGAAGAAAAGGAACAAGUUUGGCUCCUCUUGUGCGAACUUGCCGAGUCAUCGCGGGAUCAAGUUGACAAGGGCCCAGUCCCCUCUGCCUUCACUGCCUUCGCCAUCCAAGCUCUGGAUGUCCUGAAGAAUCCGCUGCACCCGCUCUACCCCAAAAUCAACAGCUUUCUCACACGCAGCCCCGUCUGGUCUGCUGACAAGCUUCCCCUCGCCCACGACAUUCUUCACGGUGAACCCUCAGAAGAUGAUAAGUAUUACACCGAAAUCACAUGGCUUCUCACCUACCUCCUUGACAGCUUGCGCACACCCUCCGAUCUUAGCAUCUUUCAUCGCAAGCGCUGGUUCGAGAAGAUACUCGCUCUCGGUGCCAACCCUUACUUACGUAUCAAUUUACGCACUCGUUUGCUACGUCUAUUGUAUCGCGCGACUUGCAUCGAAGGCGGUAGCACCACGCUGACGACUCGCUUCGGCAUUCUCAGCUGGCUGGACUCGCAACGGGCUGCUUUUGAGGGAGGUGAAGAGGCGGAUGUCACGAUUGCACUCAUGAGAAGGGUAUGGGAGACAUGUGAUCAAGAAAAGGUCAAGGUCUGGAGUAAGGGAGGCGUCGAGAAGUUACUUGCCAUGCAUGAUUUAUAGAGAUGAGUAGAUUGGAUAUAUAAGCUAGACACAUUUAUACAUACGACUGUUAAUACCCAGCAUUUUAAGACCACGAAGACUUCCGUUUAUCAAGGAAACGAAAAUCUCCUGUUAGGCACUCAAAUGCUCGCGAUAUGUCCAG